AUGUCAGUUCUCAGACCAUUAAGAUUGUUACUACUGGGUGCACCCGGUUCUGGUAAAGGUACUCAGACCUCGAAACUGUUGAAAGAAUUCGGAUCCAUCAAGGCUAUCUCAUCUGGAGAUUUGCUACGUAAACAGAUUGAACAUGGCACACCGUUAGGUUUAAGUGCCUCCUCGUAUAUUGAGAAAGGCCAGUUGUUACCCGAUGAUUUGAUCACCGGAGUUGUGUGUGACGAAUUGAAGUCACGUGGCUGGUUAAAUCCAAAUGCUACUUGGUUACUAGAUGGGUUCCCACGUACCGUGGGUCAAGCUGAAGUGUUAGACAAGUCAUUGUUGGAACACGAUGCCUCAUUAAACCUUGUCGUGGAGCUAGACGUGCCUCAUGAAGUGAUCUUGGAGAGAAUCGAAAACCGUUACGUUCACGUUCCAAGUGGAAGAGUUUAUAAUUUGCAAUAUAACCCUCCCAAAGUCGACGGAAAGGACGAUAUCACCGGUGAACCUUUGACCAAGAGACCCGACGAUACUGCAGAGGUGUUUGGCAAGAGGCUAGAACAGUACAACAAGACAGUGACCCCAUUGAAGGAACAUUACUUGAAGCAAGGUAUUCUGUCAACCAUUUCCGGUAACACUAGUGACAUUAUAUACCCGAAACUAGUAUCGCUAAUCCUACAAAAAUUCGCAAACUAA